GCUCCAAACCAACUUUUUACGCACGACAUGAAUCCGCUGAACGACACCAGAGCGGACAGAAGCGGCGCCAGUUCACUUUUUACGCAGGGGACGUACAAAGUUUUAGCGCUGACCAUCGGGACCAUCGGCGUGUUCGGCUUCUGCAACAACGUCGUGGUGAUAGUUUUGUAUCUGAAGUUCAAGCGGCUGCGCACGCCCACCAACCUGCUCCUCGUCAACAUCAGCCUGAGCGAUUUUCUCGUCUCGGUCACGGGGAUAAACUUCACGUUCUUCGCGUGCGUAAAAGGAGGUUGGAUAUGGAGCCAAGCGACGUGCAUCUGGGACGGAUUCAGCAACAGUUUGUUCGGUAUCGUGUCCAUCAUGAGCUUGGCGGCGUUGGCCUAUGAGCGCUACAUCCGGGUGGUGCAUGCGCAGGUGGUGGACUUCCCGUGGGCGUGGAGGGCCGUGGGGCACAUCUGGCUCUACUCUCUGGCCUGGACCGGGGCCCCUCUCAUCGGGUGGAACCGCUACACCCUGGAGGUCCACCGGCUCGGCUGCUCCCUGGACUGGGCCUCCAAAGACCCCAACGACGCGUCCUUCAUCCUCCUCUUCCUCCUCGCUUGCUUCUUCGUCCCCGUGGGCAUCAUGAUCUACUGCUACGGCAACAUCCUCUACACUGUGAAAAUGCUUCGUUCGAUCCAGGAGCUGCAGACGGUUCAGAUCAUUAAGAUCCUGCGUUACGAGAAGAGGGUGUCUGUGAUGUUCCUCCUGAUGAUCUUCUGUUUCCUGGUCUGUUGGACUCCGUACGCGGUCGUCUCCAUGCUCGAGGCCUUCGGUCGUCAUAGAAACAUGGUCUCCCCCACGGCCGCCAUCAUCCCGUCCUUCUUUGCCAAGUCCAGCACGGCCUACAACCCGCUCAUCUACGGCUUCAUGAGCAGGAAGUUCCGCCGCUGUCUGCUGCAGCUGCUCUGCUCGCGUCUCUCGUGGCUCCAGCGCGGCGUCGGGUUGAAAGAGCGCCCCCUGGCCCCCGUGGAGCGCCCCAUUCGCCCCAUCUUUGUGUCGGACAGCUGCGGCGGGCGGGACAGACCCAAAAAGAGAGUGACUUUUAACUCUUCGUCCAUAGUCUUCAUCAUAACCAGCGAUAACCUGCAGCACCUGGGCGUCUCCUCCAAAACGGGAAGCGAGUCCCAGGCCAACGUCAUCCAAGUGCGCCCACUGUGA